CGAGAGGCGGGGGGGAGCGCGGGGCAGGAGGAGUACCUCGGCCGAGAAAAUUAUGCAUGCGUUAGGGAAGCUCUGAGAGAAUGGCUGUGGAAGCUCUCCACUGUGGUUUGAAUCCACGGGGUAUUGAUCACGCUGCCCGUACUGAAGGUAUUAAACUGCAAAUUGAAGGUGAAGGUGUGGAAUCUCAAUCCAUUAAAAACAAAAAUUUCCAGAAGGUGCCAGACUCAAAAGGAACCCCCAAGCGACUGCAAGCAGAAACAGAGACGGCUAAGGCUUUCAUUAAUCCAACAUUUCUACAAGAAGUUGCCCAUCAGUCAGCUACGGUGAAGCUGUCAAAACCAGUGGCUCUGUGGACCCAGCAGGAUGUCUGCAAGUGGUUGAAGAAACAUUGUCCAAAUCAGUAUCAGAUCUACAGUGAGUCAUUCAAGCAGCAUGACAUAACUGGGAGAGCCUUGCUGAGACUCACUGACAAAAAGCUUGAGCGAAUGGGGAUUGGCCAGGAGAACCUCCGGCAACACAUCUUACAGCAGGUGCUCCAGCUGAAGGUGCGAGAAGAAGUCAGAAACCUGCAGUUACUCACACAAGCCUCCGCCGAGGGUUCUCCAUAAACACGGUUAGCCUUCCAAGCUGCUGUCCUGCCAGUUGAUAUGAACACGGCCUCUUCCUCCCUGAAAGACUAACUCAUGGCACUGCCAGAAGAUAUCCUUGGAGCACUGACAGAUUAACCGGAUUAACUGAAAAAACACCCAUUCAGUCAAGAUUAUGGGCUUUGGAAAAAACCUGAGUUUGCUGUAGAUUUUAAAAUGAGGUGCAUAAUAUACAGUGCCAACUCAUUCCAAGUGGUCAUUGGCAGACCAUUAGCUGGGAAAUUGCUUCCAGUUUUCAUCACUGUGCAUAACUCAAGUUCCCUUUGGGGAGCUGCCUGUCCCUUCACUAGAGGUCCUGUUUUAGCAUGGCAACUACUGGAUUAUUUUAUUAUGUGUGCAGAUGGCAUGAUGUUUUAGAAAAAAUUACAGCAGUUCUGCAAUCUCAGUGGAAGUGUUUGCGAUUUUAUGCCCUGGUAGGAAUGUAAACAUGUCUCCAUGAUGUUAGUUAUAAUGUCCAAAGGUCUUCUGUCCAAUUCUUAAGCACUUUAUAGGAGAACACUAUACCAAGAUGAAUUAGCACGUUCAGUACAUGUGAGAAAGCAAGUAUUUUCUUCUUUCUUUUAUAAAUUGUAUCUUAUUUCUGGCUCAGACUGUCCAAGGCAAGCUCUACUGCUAGCAUAUCCCAAGUCGUUUGUGGUAGAUUGGUGUAAAUAUGGCCAUAAUACUGUUAGACUUAACCUCUUGACUCUUUACCGAAUAAAUGGAUUACUUGUAGCACCAGAAGGAAAUAGAGGAGAGCCUGGUGACUGUAAUCCCUCAGCUCUUGUUUCCUUGGACCUAGGCACAACUUGCCACUUGCACAUUCAUUUCCUCCAGUCCAGGAGGCUUCUGUGUGGCCAGUGGACAUUUUUCCUCCUUCUAUGAAGAAGACUUCAUCCAGAGAGAAAAAGGGAGCAGCUGUCUAUUCAACAAACCACGGUGGAUUGAUGGUACAGGCUACAGAAUGCGGUUUUCCUGUGUAGUAUCACUUUAACACCUUGGAAAAAUUUCUAGGUCAAGUUUAAAUCACAAUUCUCUGAACAGAAAAAACAUCAAAUGAUUCCGCUUGUGUGCCUAGAGAAGAAAAGGGGUUCAGUAUCACACUAAGUUCAUUCCUCAGUUUGGAACCUACUAGUCCCUUUUAAUCCUUUCUGGGUCUAUUCCCAUGGCUAAUUAUUUUUUACUAUGUCUUAGAACAAAGCGCAGUCUGGGAAACCUGUCAAAUCAGUUAUGAUUGCUCAUCUAGGAGCAUGAGAGAAAUGUUCAUCUUGACUGGCCCUACAAAAGGCUUUACUUUUGUUUUGUUUUUGUGUUUAACAUAAAUUUGGCUGAAUUAAAAAUUCAGCAAAGUGUGUACUGUGUGUCCCCUGUCCUAGCCUGGAGCAGGCAGACAUCAGAGGCUUUCCUUUAAAAAUCUACGGAUCACCUUCUGGAACCCUUCCGACACAAGCAAACUUGACAUUUGAGGGUAUCUCCAAUCCAUGUUCAUUGCCUGCCUCCUCUCAAGGUCUCAGGAAAUGCACAGCCUUUGGAAACCACCCCUCCCUGAGAUUUGGAAAGCUGACAGGGAAGGAGAGAGAGAUCCACACUCGAUGGGAGUGAGUCACCAGCAGGGUGAGUCACCACGGCCCCCGUCAGGCUGCAACACUGAAGAAGGGGGCUUCCAAGAAGGAAGUGGGAAAGUCACCACCAAGAUCCGGCCUUUGAAGAGGUCAACACCAUGAUCGUCACACUCUCGGCAGACCAAAAUUGUCUCCAAAUCCAGAGCUAAGAAGCCAAACCCUGCUUGCUUGCUAAUGCCCAGCGCUAUAACAUCCCCUCUCCACUGCCCAUCUCAGGAAGUCCAGUUUCAACAGCAGAGCUCCUCCUCCUCCCAUUCCUUCCUUUAUCCAGCAGCCAUGUAUUGAGGAUCAACCACAAGCCAAGCACUGCACUGGGAUAACAGCAGUGUACAAGACAGGUACCCCCUGCCCUUAUAAAACUGCUUUUAACCCUUUGUUAAAAGGCUGACACCCACACUUAUGCAGGAAAGACAUUCCUUCUCCCAAACACUAUCACUACCUGUGUCUUCCACAGUGAAAGCUGAAUCCAGACAGCGUUCACUUUCUGCCAGAGAGACCCAGGGAACUAAGCACAGCAGGUAGGAGGCAGAUUUCGUGCCUGAAGGUGUAGCAGAGGAGGGAAAGGCAUCACACCCCAUUGGCUCACACAGGGACAUCCUACCCUUCCAGGGCCCACAGUGCUUCCCAAAGCAGCUCUCAGUUGCUUCCCUUGAUGUCCACUGCUGGCCACAUAGAUUCUCAUCCCUUAUAGAGGCACAAUUAUUCAUCACUAUGGUGGAUUCGCUAAAGCUCCAGUUCCAUAACUGGUCCUGGGAACACCAAAUUGAGCCUGAUGAACCCUCAAGAAUCACUGCCCGGGACUGAGCUAGUGUAGCUGGGAAUUAACUGGGUUAGCCAAGGACAUGCUGAGACAACCGCUAACACCCUUGGAAAACAAGACAUGCUUUAGGGUGCAGAUGUCUAACUUAUGUUAGUGCAUUGUUACUUACUUUGACUUUUUGCAAAAUAUCCUAAAUAGUUAAAAUGAGUAAUUUCCUAGAUUUUUUUGUAGUCAAAGGAGAAUUUUUGAAAGAUGAUGAGUGAAGAUGGAAACAGGAAAAGAUAAAAUAAAGACUAUUAAAGAGCCCAGUAGAAGACAGUCUGUAAAAAUGCCUUAAUGCCUGGAACAAAGCACAUAUUUGCAUAUGAACUACUACUGUUUUCCAAACUCAACCUCUGGAAUCAUUUGGAGGAUAGUUUUGGAAACAUAAUGGCAUAUAAUCUGAGCAGUCAAGAGCAAAACCAGCAAAAAAAAUGGAGAAAUGACUUUCUUCUCAGGCUUUGACCUCUUGGCUACAAGAUGAUGUUCUGUGAUUACCAACGGUCCCUUCCCGUGGGACCUUCUUCCUCAGAUGGGUGUAGAAAUUUUACCUCCCAGAAAUGCAGGAGUGGCUCUGGUGAGUUUUGUUUCAUGGGAAGUGAGUUUGAGGGUGGUAAGGAAUAAAUAUUUUGAUGUGUAAGGGCUGUAUACUGUUGAUGCUCAACUUUUCCUUUUACUCAAACCUAUGCUACACCCUUUGUUAAAAGGCUAACACCCACAUUUGUGCAGGAAAGGCACUCUUGGGAAUGAACAAAAUGAAUAAUUAUCAGUCUCUCUAAGGAUGCCAAGGGGAUUAACUUGUUCAAGCUCCAGAACUGGAUUUAAACAUGCAGAGCAUUGGCAGCUCUGCUAGGGAAAAAAAUGCUAGGGAAAAAAAAAACGAAUGAAUCACUUCAGUAGGGUAAGACAUACCUAGGGGGAUAGAGAUCUUAUCAACGUCCUGUAUGGGUAGUGGUGAAUCCCUGCUCCAGCUCUGUGAGCUGUGCACCCGCAGACUUGACUUCUACCUCCAGAAUACGGGUCAACACGCCACGUUUCUCUCCAAGUCGCAUCUCAGUCACCCAGACAGAAGCACACAGUCCUUAGCUCUAAGGAAGUUCUGCCAUUUUCAACAUUCAGGGAGGAAAGGAAGGAAGCCCCACUUUACAUGAGAAUACAAACUAAGAGUAAAAACUUCCAGUGGAUUUCCCUCCUUACUAUUUGCAAAAAACGCUUCCCUCAUCUGCAAAUGUUAGAUAAUUAAUUUGGGAAGACAACAAUGAAAGUCUCAAGAACGUGAAGUUUUCAAGAUCCCCAGAGCACUUGAGUUUUACCAAAACCUCCUCUUCCCAGUGCAUUAGCAGCCUCUUUCCUGUGAUGUUUUCCUCUGCAGUCUUUAGAGUAAUUGUGUUACUUGACCACUAGACUUAAAGCUGCUGUAGACUCUCCUUAAAAAUCUAAUCUUUGAAAGUGACAUAAAUUCCUUUAUUGCUUAAAGGCCAGUUUUCUUCACCUCUCCCACAGUCCCUUCCACCCCACUAUUUUUGCUUUGUUUUGUGAUUUUUUUUCUUUUCAUUGCCCUUUCUAUUAAGAUUUCAAAUAUUCUAGAAAGAACUCAAAUAGAACAGCCUAGUCAUCACCUUUUCUCCCCAGUCCUUACUAAUAAUUCCUUCUUAGGCAUGCUCUUGGCGACAGCUUGCUGCCCAGACAGCAAUGGGAGAUGGGUUCUCCUCUCUGGGUGGUGCCUUGUCAGUGCCACUAAUCCAAAGGAAGCGUGGGUAGCCUGGGUAAUCGGGGAGGAAGUCAGCCCAGGAGAUGUUCCUACUGGAGCACAGCUGGGGACUCUACUUCAAAGACGAGCAGGUCCUGCCCCUCCAGCUCCUCAGAUCUGCCUGUAACCCUGGGACCAGGGAACUGUCUUGUGAAUUCUGGUUAUCAGUGCACUGGAUGCCAACACCACCACAUGGCUUCAAGGUAAAAGAGGCCUUCAUUGCCUUAUUUUGUUCUGGGGACUGGCACUUUCUGGGAGACAGGGAGCAUCUUUUGAAAGCUGCAGGAAGCUUGAGGAAAAGCUGGCCAAAUACAUAGGGAAGGUUGUGCCAUGCCUCAAUCAAAAGAAAAACUAAUAAAUUGUUCUUAUUUGGGAAGGUGGCAAGCAGGAAGCUAUCUGUGCUGGCUGCCUUCUGGCCUUCACUUUGACUCAACAGGGAAGGUUCUUGGCUGGGAAGGCAUGCAGCCUGGGGAGAGAGGGACAAGCACUGUUCCCCAAGUCUUAAUAUUUUAGGGUGAACUGUACAAGUGACAGAUAUAAAGGGACAUCGUUAUUGGGCGUUGGGUAGGUUUUUUACCUCCUGCCCAACAACAAAAUGCCUUCCAUGAAAGAGCAGAAAAUGAGUGUACCAGGAUCUGCAAAACUGUGGUUCCAUUAGCCUGUGAGGCUGUUUAAAAAUCUUGAAGCACCUCACGCAUUCUAACUCCAGAGCCUCCCCCUCCCCAAUAAUACCAAGCAUUAGAAGGCACUAAGACUAGUAAAAGUCACUGUGCAACUUGUGCUUAAUUAGUUAUCUGGUUGGCAUCAUAUGAAACGAAUCCAAACAGCUUGUGGAAAAAGAUGAAAAGAUAAUAUAGUUUUGUUGCAAAAUUUUGAAAUCUAGCUAUAGAUUUUUUUGUUAAUACAGAUUUUCCCUGAACUUUCAGAAGACCACCUUAUAUUUAAUGUUGUAUAUACUUAGACAUUAGUUCUGAUUCUACAUAAUUCUUUUCAUGUUUGGGAGCCAGUGGCUUGGGAGUUUUAUGUGGUUACUUGUUUCUUUUAUUGAUGUUAUAUUCCAAGCCAAUGUAUUCCUAGGAGAUUACAGAGGUUCUGAAACCAAGGCCUUUUUGCCUAAUGUGCAGAGAAUUAGAAACAGUCCUGCUGACAUGAACUACAAAGAGGCUAUUAAAUUAAUCCAAUGUUGGAUGUAGUAAGACCUAAAACAAUUAAAACACUGAAGACUCUCCUGGUUGCAUCCCGCAUUGUUAAUAGCCUUUUUAAAAAUGCAGUCAUUUGAAUCAAAGGAAAAAUUCUGUGGUUUUGCUGCAUCAAGACGCACAGCUACCAAACAUGGAAUUCCAGGCUAGGUUGAUGUGCAAGAGUGCACAGAUCUGUUUUGUGUGAUCGUUUUUAAUUACAAAUAACCUGCCCCCCUCAAAUUCUGUAAAAAUGCAUUCAUAUACUCUCUGCUAAAACAAAGCCUAAAACAGGAGACUCAUACUUGGUCAUGAUUUUGCUUGGAGUAGGGCCAAUGUUCUUGAAGAUACCCUUGGAGAAAAUCUUAUUCACCAUUAAAUGUGUGGAGCAUGAAGGAACUUCUUUUGUCCCAUCCACAAAUUGGUGACGGUCUUCUCUCAUCUCCUCGGGAGGUAGCCCAACCUGUAAGAAAGCACAGACGCCAUGAAAACACCUAUCUAAGCAUUGCAUAAACUCCUUCAUUCAAGCAUAAUUCCGAAAAAGGUGAUUUGGAAUUUAAGCACCACCUGGUCCUUGAUUCUGUGACCCCUAAAUCAAUGUUAAUUGUAUUUCCUGCAUUUUAUUUCUAACCACAAUUAAUGACCUUUAGUCUGUUUGCAUUGGGAGCUGUCUGCUGGCUCUCUGGCCACUUUUGACAAUUCCUAGAUCUAGAUCCAUUCAGUGCAUUUGAGAGAAGACCAAGAAGGUUCUCCCCACAUGUCAGCUGCAGAGGUUUAGAAAUGCACAGCCCAGUUCUUUUUCACAUAAAAAAUGUCCUUGCUUACAGGUGGAAAGUUUUAAGAGAAUGUGGCAUGGAAGAGGAUACUAACGUCUGAACACUGCAGCUGCAUCUUUUUCAUUCUUAUUCAGUUUCCACUUCAGAUCCCCAGAAUGGGAAGUCUUAGCCUCUUCCCUGUGUUGGCGCCCACGGAGAGUCAGGGGUUUUAUUUGCUUCAGUUCACACAUAGGUGAUUGUAAGGUUCUCUGGGCUCCGAAUGGUUUCUCUACCACUCUCUUUCCUUCACAAAUACAGAACUAAUGUCUUUACAAGGCCAUGUUUGAGGAUACCCCAGUUUGGCUAGUGAAAGACACUCACAUUACAGAAAGCUGCAUAAUGCCAGCUUUUGACUUUAUGCUCCAAGUCUCAAUCAGAACUGGGACAGAUUUAACCAGUCUGCUGAAAAACCAAGCCAGCAUCAAUGUUUUGAAACUAAUUCCACCAAAAUUCAUAUAUCACUAAAUCAUACUACUCUAGUUCCAGUUAAUCCAACUAUUUAAUAUCAUUAGGCACUGAAUUAAAUAGCUUUACACAAAAUUUUAGAAAAGAUCAAUAUGGUAACAAAAUUACAUAUUAGCAGUAAAAAGCACCAGAGAAAAGAAAAUAUUGAUCUGUUGUGGUUUAUAUACUUGAGUUAUUCUUAGGACUUUGUGGAGAUUGGCACAGCUGUGAUACAGGGGAAGGUAAUAUUCUGAAUUCAAGAGUACUGGAGGGGUAGGCAUUGUGGAACAGGAGAUUAAGCUAAGCUACCUCUUGGGACCCUGGUAUUCCAUAUUGGAGUGCCUGGGACCAAGUCCCACAUCUGUUUCCCAUCCAGCUUUCUGCUAAUGUGCAUGAUGGGGGCAACAGCUGAUGGCUCAGGUACUUGGGUCCCUGCUACUCAUCUGGGAGACCUGGGUGGAAUUCCUCACUCCUAGCUGUGGCCUGGCCCAGUGCUGGCUAUUAUGGGCAUUUAGGGGAGUGAACCAGCAGAUGGAAGAUCUUUCUCUCUUUGUUUCUCCUCUCUCUGCCACUCUGUCUUUCAAACAAAUAAAUAAAUCUUCUUAAAAAUGCUGGACGAGGAGAAUUUACCCAAUCUCUCUGGGACCUCUGCUCAGCCGUUUGGGAUGCUGUCUGUCCUUACUCAGCAGACAGGCCUGUUUGGAAGCCAGAGUGAGCUAAGAGAAGACGCUGUUCUGUGCCACCAAGAUUUGUGUAAUUAUUAUGGUGAGCUGGGCUUGGGGCGUGAUUCAGUGAUCCACUUCCCUUGCUUGAGGCUUUCUCCUCAAAGCAGUUAUUACUGAACCUCCAUUCUGGAAUUUAGAAAGGAAAAAGAAAGAAGGACGAGGAAGUAACAAUCAGCAUUUUAUACACACACACAUGCACGCACACACGCAUACACACAUGCACACACACUCAUGCACACACACACAUGCUUUUUCCAGUAUACUGAGGUUGGUCUGCAGAGCAUAUGGCCAGGGUUUCCAUUUAUCUCCACUUCUCCACCUCCCAAAGACUUAGAGUCUCAUGAUCUCCUGAGGGAGGGAACCUCAGGCGUGGCUUAGGAGACACAAAGACUGCCAGGCCUCCGGUUGGAGCAGACCAACCCAAGUGUGAAGUUUCAGCUUGGGAAGCAGACAGCCACACCAAACAGCCUUAGUGAAUGACUUCACCCAGCAGGAAAAAAAAAUCACACAAUCAUCAACUGAAUCUAAGACCAGUGUUCUCCACAGGUCUGAGGGGAAAGUGUAUGAUGAAAAACAAACCAUUUCAUGGUUUCACAAACAUGGCUAAAAGCACAUUUCAUAACCCAGAAGAUUAUAUAGAUGGUAGAUAUUUUUAUAGCUUCCCUUAAUAGGGAGUUAAACCAACCGUCUGAUUCUGUUGGUCCUCGAAGAGUGGUUAAGCUAAUGAAAUAUUUCCUUUAUUCAUGGCCCUCAACUGUAGGUUUUAUUUUAUUUUAUUUUAUUUUAUUUUUGCUAUGCACCCUUGACAAAUUCCCAGGACUAGAGUUAGGAGGAGGAGUUAUGUGGUAAAACAAGAGUGCCUUUUCUGUUGCAUGUUCACUUUAGUUCCCUGGUUUCCCAGGGCAGAAGAUGUUGAGAAACAUUUUUCUCUAAACAUAAGAAUUACUGUGCACCACAAUUUUGAACCCCUGAUUUCCAUCUCUUAAGCAGCUAUCAACUUGCCAAUUCCCUUUGAGUCGCCUUUGUAUUUUCUUAAAAUGUUUCCUUCUGUUUGGGAUUGUCCUCAAGAGGAGCUGGGGUGUGGGGGGUGGGCAUGAUUCUUUUUAAAUUGAUAAAAAUGAAACUGUACAGAUUGUUGCCCCCUUGUGUUUGUGAGCAUGAUCUCUAUCAGGCUUGAAAAUCUGCUUUAUCAUUUUGUAUAUUUGACUAUUUUGUAUUCAGUAUUCCUUGACUCCUUAUGUGCAUGGCAAUGUAUUAAA